GAAAACCGCACAUAACACGUUGGAGGACACACACACACACACACACACACAAUCAUUUUGCUGUCAUUGAACUUCUCAUUGAAACUCUGUUCUGUAACUGGGCUGCUCUUUCCCCUUACCUACGCCACCAGUCAGGAUUUACACGACUGCAGUGAUGUUCUGUUUCUAAUUGCACCUUUUCUUUGCUGUUUUUUUUUACACACAUCUGCAACAUGUACCCUCUGGCAGCUGCCCUGUUCUUUUUUUUACUUGAUUCCAUUUCCUGCAUUCAGUUUCAGGCACCUCUGAACAUGGGAGGAGUCACAGGGCAGGUGCAGUUUGACUCCACCUUCCAGACGGCCACUGUCACAGUGUCUGGUGCUGGAUCCUGUGGUCCAAUCAACUUUUCCCUUAGUGUUUUCCCUGUCAUGUAUGGCCAUUUUGCUCAACCUUGUUUGGAGUCAAAUAUCGGCUCCAGCAUUUUUACCUUCACAGCUGAUUCUGUCUCAAACUCCACCGUUAAUGUGUCAAGUCUUUUUGAACAAAGUCCAAAUCUGGACGACCUCUCAUUGACUUUACAGACAUGUAACGGCACUAAAGUAUGCACGGUUGUAAGUCAAGGACAAACAUUUUUGACUCGUCAGGCCAGAUUCACCGGACCUAUUGCCGGUAAUGUUUACAUCCGCCUCAACAAAGGAGAGACCAACCCCAGGCUUCUUGCAGACCUUGUUACAAUUGGUCAGGUCAAUGCCUCACAAACCAAUAUCACUCUCUUAGGAUCUACAAGCACCGCUGCAAGCUGUGAUGUUCUACUUGGAAGCUUAGAUGCCUCAACUUUGACCAAUUUGGGUGUGGUGAAGGUCGGAACCCCUUUGCAACCAGAAAAGACCCGUCUAGACAAGACUGGCCUCAGCAACAGCCCUGGCUUUCUUCUCUUCCACAUGGGGUCAAGUUACAAGUGUGCUCAGGUUUACAAUGUGCCAGGGAAACAGGUGACUGCUGUUGUGAAUAUGAGAGGGAUCAAAGGAUACUUGAGCUUCCGUCAGGCUUCCUGUUUUGAUGUGACAGAGUUGAGGGUGAACCUGACUAACUUACAGAACAAAGUUGGCCCUUACCAUGUGCACCUUUUUCCUCUCCCUUCGGUCAGGUCUCCUCCACCAAGCCAGUGUUCAAAUGAUAAUGUGGGUGGCCACUGGAACCCAUUUGAAAUCAACACUAAAGACCCAACAUACCCAAAAGUUCCUGGUUCAACACACGAUAAGUAUGAGACUGGUGAUCUAAGCGCCAAACAUAUGUCCCUUGCAGGUAAAAACAAAGUUGAUAUGGUGUUCGUCGACUUCAACCUCCCUCUGUUUGGACAGAAUAGUAUUGUAGGUCGCUCAGUAGUAAUUCACCAAACAAAUGGUGCCCGGUAUGUUUGCGCCAGCAUCAGCUAUCCUGGCGAAGUGAUCGUUGCCAGAGCCAGAUUUCAGAGCCCUGUUAUUGGUGAGAUCUGGUUCACCCAACUGGAGAACAACCCUCUGUCUGAUGUAUCCAUUUUCAUGGAUCUGUCGUAUGGAAAUCCAACAGUGACACCAAGCAGACACCACAUGUGGCAUGUUCACACCUACCCUAUUAGCUCAGAGAGGGAUGAUGAUGGAAGAUGCUGCAGCUCAACAAAUGGACACUGGAACCCCUUUAACAUCAACACAGGGGACAGCAGCUAUGCCCUCCACUGUACCCCAUCCAGUCCCUUAUCUUGUGAGGUGGCAGAUCUCUCCAGCAAACACAGCCCCAUCAACCUCAGCCCGGGAGUAGGCGGAGUGGAGUCAAAAAACUUCUUCACUGAUGUGACUUCCUGGUUGCCUGGGUCUGGUGUUAUUGGUCGUUCUGUGGUCAUCCAUCAAGCGGAAGGAGGAGGACCAAGGAUUGCUUGUGCCAAUAUUACAAAGGUGCGGAUCCAAAAAGCUAGCUUGGGUAACUGGUUUGGCCCUGGAAUGUCCAGUGGCCAAAUACGGUUCUCCCAAGCUAUCCCACAAGGCCCAACAACUAUAAAUGUAUCCCUAAUGAACCUGAACUUCUUCGCUGGGGGAUACCAUGUUCACAUACUCCCAAUCAAACCUGGCAGUGUAGAGCCCUGCUCCGAUGCAAACAUCAUGGGCCACUUCAACCCAUUAGCCUGGAACGUAUCAAACUCUCCGAAACCGGGAACUGGUACUGUGGAUCAGUAUGAGGAUGGAGACAUCAGUGGGAAGUUUGGGAUGCUAAAUGGCCUCAGCCAGUCUGAGGCAAUAUACAUGGACCCUGAUAUGCAAUUAACUGGACCCAACAGCAUAGUGGGAAGGUCACUGGUGGUUCACUAUGCCAAUGGAUCAAGAAUGAGGUGUGCUGACAUCUCAUCUGAAAGAGAUACAGAAGGACAAUGGACUAUUGCCAAGGCUGUUUUCAACAGUAAAGUGACUGGGACAGUUCAACUGCGCCAGCAGAUGUUUCUUGAUGGGAGUAGCAGUGAUAUCAUACUGGAGGUGACCCUUCAAUCAUCAACAAGACAAGAGACAAGUGAAGCAUCCUUGUUUAUCACAAACAGCCGUACGGGCAGCCAGUGCAACGAUGUGGGGGACACGUACAAUCCCUUCAACAUGACAUCAGCGGACUCCAGAUGUUCAUUAGCAAACCCUCUGAGCUGCAUGGUGGGGGAGAUAUCUGCUCGGCAAGGCCCCGUCAGGCUGACCGGGAGUCAGCUCUACACUGACAGGAUCAUCCAGCUCUCCGGAGACCACACAGUGGUCCACAGAUCUCUAGUGCUGAAGAGCAGAGACAGCAUCAUCGCAUGCACCGACAUUCUCCCAGAAUCCCCUGCAGCAGAGCAGACCUUUCCCAAUGUGGCUGACUUCAGCCGAUAUGACUUCCGCAGGAAAGUUGCAAAUGCCCUGCAGUUGGAAAUAGCGAGAGUCACUAUCCUGCCCUGGUCUCCCAUCUCUGCAGCCGGAGGACGGUGCCAGCAAGUCAACUUCAUGGUUUCUGGGGAUGUCAGCACAGAACUUCUGCAGUCUGUCAAAACCAGUGAGAAGAUGGGCAUUUACAAAGAAUCUGAUUCAUGUGCAAGAAGUGCAGUUGUGCCACUGGUGCCAGGAAGUUUUCUUCUCGGCUUGAUGUUUGCUGCCGGGUGCCUGCUUCCAUCUACAGCUUAUUUAUAGCUCAGAGAUUCAGCUGUGUCAUGCACCAUCAGCGGGGAAUUGUGAAUAUGUUAAUUAAGUGUAGCCCAUCAGGUGGUGUUAUGGUCAACUUUUUUAAAUAUCACAUAAACAACAACAAUGUCUCUUUGUACAACUAUUGUUAUCCAAUAAAGAUCUUGCCAUUUUAUCUUUAUUUUGCAAUAACCAUUUAAGGCAAUGGCUUGUUCAUUAAUUGUCCACUAUAACCUUUAUAGACAUAUUUUAUUAAUUUGGGCUGGGUGUUAAUACGGUACAUUUUAAGAUGCUCAGACUUUUUUUCUGUAUGUAUGCACUAUUCAUAAAUCAGUAAGUUGUAAAUAUAUGUAAAAUUCUCAAUAAAACAUGAUAAUGUUUGUAUGCCUUGUGCCAACAAUCACUGUACUUUUUGAAGUGCUUAAAAUCUGUAAACAUCACGUGAUUAAAUGUGUCUACACGGUUA